UCCAUUUUGGAUCUGCUUACCUUCAUUUUCCCUCAUUCACCUUUCACUUCCUUUGCAAAGAAACAGACAUGGCUGCGGCUUUGGUUGGAGGUGCUUUUCUCUCAGCUUCUCUACAAGUUCUAUUUGACAGGUUGGCUUCUCGCGAGGUGGUGAAAUUCAUCAGGGCACACGAGGUCGAUGAUGCACUCCUCAAGAAGUUGAAGAGGAAACUGCUGACUGUCCAUGCUGUGCUCAAUGAUGCGGAGGCCAAGCAAAUUACAAACCCAGCAGUCAAAGAGUGGAUGGAUGAGCUCAAAGUUGUUGUCUAUGAUGCUGAGGAUGUAUUGGAUGAGAUCGCCACUGAAGAUCUACGAUGCAAGAUAGAAGCUGCGGACACCCUGACCAGCAUGUCUACCUGGGUUCAUCCUCCACUUGAUAUUCAAAGCAUAAACUCUAGGGUGGAGGAGAUCAUUGGUAGACUAGACGAUAUCGCACAAGACAGAGACGUCCUCGGGUUGAAAGAAGGCGUUGGUGAGAAAUUGGCACAAAGGUGGCCUUCUACUUCUUUGGUAGAUGAAUCUCUAGUCUAUGGCAGGGCUCAAAUUAAGGAGGAGAUGGUUCAACCGUUGCUGUCUGAUAAUGCAAGGAGUACUGAUGCCAUGGGUGCCAUCUCCAUAGUCGGCAUGGGUGGCACGGGCAAAACCACACUUGCCCAGUUGCUCUACAAUGACCAAAGGGUGAAGGAACACUUCGAAAUCAAGGCAUGGGUUUGUGUUUCCGAAGAAUUUGAUCCUAUCAGAGUUACGAAAACAAUUCUCGAGGCAAUCAAUUCAUCCACGUCCAAUACCACUGAUCUAAAUCUACUUUAGGUUCAACUGAAGGAAAGAAUUAAUAUGAAGAAUUUUUUACUUGUACUGGAUGAUGUUUGGAACGAAGACUCUUGCGACUGGGAUACGCUACGAACUCCACUCAUAGUCGGGGCAAAGGGAAGCAAGAUUAUUGUAACUACGCGAAGCACCAAUGUUGCAUCUGCCAUGCGUGCAGUCCAUACUCAUUGUUUAGGUGGGUUAUCCUCUGAAGAUGGUUGGUCCCUGUUCAAAAAACUUGUAUUUGAAAAUGGAGACUCAAGUGGGCAUCCACAACUAGAAGCAAUCGGGGAAAAGAUUGUCCACAAGUGCCAAGGUCUACCGCUGGCUAUAAAAGCAAGGGGGAGUCUCCUACACUCCAAGGUUGAAGCAAGAGAAUGGGAUGAUGUAUUAAACAGUGAAUUAUGGGAUUUGCCCACAGAUGCUGUUCUUCCUGCUCUAAUGUUGAGUUAUUAUUACCUUCCUUCACAUCUAAAACGUUGUUUUUCUUAUUGUUCAAUCUUUCCAAAAGACUACAAAUUCGAAAAGGAGAAGCUAGUUUUGUUAUGGAUGACAGAAGGUUUGUUGGAACAAUCAAAAAGCAAGAAAAGAAUGGAAGAGGUAAGUAAUUUGUACUUUCAAGAACUUCUAUCAAAGUCAUUUUUCCAAAAUUCAAUAAGAAAUAAGUCAUAUUUUGUAAUGCACGACCUCAUUAAUGACUUGGCACAAUUGGUAUCCGGAGAAUUUUCUACUUCUUUGGAGGAUGGUAAGAUAUACAGAGUCUCAGAGAAAACUCGUCAUUUAUCAUAUUUGAUUACUAAAUAUGAUGUCUAUAAGAGAUUUGAUCCACUUUCUCAAAUUAAGUGUCUCCGAACAUUUUUACCAAGAAACAAAUAUCGGUACUUUUCACUUCAUUACUUAAGUAAUAGAGUUCUACACCAUCUAUUGCCAUAA